AUGGAGAGGACGAAAUCUCAGCGUAAGAACGUUCCGAUGGAUUUGUUUGAUAAUGACGAUGAUACAAUUAGCAUGGAUGAAGUUCACGUUCACAAAGAUGUUAUGUUGGAUCAAUCCCUUGAUGCUCUGUUUGAGAAAAGGAGUUCAACGAGAGAGCAAGCUUUAGCCUCCAUUGUUGAUGCAUUCAACAACGACUUGCAGCAUGAGUUUGUGGAAAAUAAGUUUGCAACUUUGUUGCACCAGUGUUUACAUUGCACCAAGAAAGGGUCCAAUAAGGAGACCUCAUUAGCAUCACAUGCUAUUGGACUGCUAGCAUUGACUGUUGGACUCGGUGAUCAAGCACAAGAGAUUCUGGAAGAAUCUGUCACUCCUCUUUCUCAGGCCCUUAAAUCUGCCCGUGAAGCCACGAAAAUAACUUCGAUUCUAGAGUGUUUAGCGGUCAUAACCUUUGUUGGUGGGACCAAUGACGAGCAAAAGGAGAGAUCUAUGCAAAUAAUAUGGCAAAUGAUUCACCCCAAACUAGGGUCUAAUGUUGUUACAACCAAACCUUCACCUGCUGUAAUAACUACUGUUGUCUCUUCUUGGGCGUUUCUGCUUACAACAGUUGAUCAAUGGACCCUAGGUCCCAAAAUUUGGCAAGAGAUCGUAACUUAUCUCUCCUCACUAUUGGAAAAGGAUGACCGAUCUGUACGUAUAGCCGCUGGUGAAGCGCUUGCUAUUAUAUUUGAGUUGAGAACUCUAGAGAAGUUCUCAGCCGAAGCCAAAGGAUCAGUGAAAGAAGGAAGUGUGUCUCAAGAGGCUUUGAUUCACAUGCAUGGCUUGAAAUCUAAAGUCACUAAUCAAGCUAGAGACCUCUCUUCAGAGGCAGUUGGUAAAGGUUCCGUUAAGAAAGAUCUCAAGACCCAACGAAAUUUGUUCAGAGAUCUUGUUGAAUUUCUUGAGCGUGGAUACGCACCUGAAACCUCUACAAAGGUCGGAGGGGACUCUUUACAGACCUCAACGUGGCAUCAGAUGAUACAGUUGAAUUUUUUGAAGCAUUUCUUUGGGGUUGGCUUUAACAAGCAUAUGCAGGAGAAUGAAUUCCUCCAUGAUGUGUUUAAUUUCACUCCAAAGAAGAUUGGUCGAGGGUGGACACUUGAAAAGAAAAGCGAAAAGAGGUUGUUUAAAUUGCCAAACUCAGCUUGCAACAAAGCAAGGACACAACUCCUCAACAUGGAGAGGAUGUUAGCUAAGAAUAUGAACGUUGGGUACUACACAGCGACUGUGGAGCAAUGA